AUGUCUCAGGAACUGCUUCCCGUGGAGGUGCCGGAAUCACUGUACUACAUGGAUCCAGGGAAGGCCAGGAUGUUAUAUAAUGCAAAAGGUCUACAGGAUGAAGACUCAGACAUCAAUUCUUUGAGAGAUGGUGGACAGCAAGGAGAUGAAGGAAGUACUGCACAGGACAAUGGAGAUUUCAAGAUAGAAUCCUCUCCCUGCUACCUGCUGACUGUAAGGAUCAUACGGAUGAGAAAUGUCCAGCGAGUGGACACCUUAACCCAGGCUGAUUGCUACGUAUCGCUGUGGCUGCCAACUGCAACAUGUGAAAAGUCUCGUACUAAAACUGUGAGAAACUCCAACAACCCAGUGUGGAACGAAACCUUCUACUUCAGGAUCCAGAGUCAGGUCAAGAACGUGCUGGAGCUGACAGUGUAUGAUGAGGAUUUUGUUACUCCAGAUGACCAUCUCCUCUGUGCCCUCUUUGAUACUGCUAAACUUCCAAUAGAAAGAACAGUGCUCCUGUAUUUUAAGGCCAGCCCACAGGCUACGGAGGAGCUAGAGGUUGAAUUCAAAUUGGAGGCUGCUUCUGGUCCUCAUGAAACCAUUGCUACCAACGGAGUGCUGGUGUGUCGUGAACUUUGUUGCUUGGAAGUUGAAGUGGCAGAGAAGAUGCAGCAAAAAUCAAAGAAAGAGCUUUCUCUCACUGUGAAGGGCUCCUUUGAGGGAACGCAGGAUAUCACACUGGGCCCUGAUGGAGCAGCCAGCCCGUCGGGUCCCACCAAGUUCCACUAUAUCAAGUAUUCAGAGCCAACACUAGAUGUCAUGUUGCCAAAGAAGAGGCGCUACCACCCUUGGACCUGUCAGUAUACUACAGAGACGGGCUCCCCAGCCCUGAUGCUGAAUUCAUUGCCCAUGGGAAGGCAAACAACCAUUGCAGAGGAGAAAAGAUUUGACUUGAAUGUGACAGCACAAAGCUGUAAUUGUUCAUGCCACCGAGACCUGGACAUGCGCUUUGGGUUUGACUUAUGUUCAGAGGAGAUGACUUUCCUGAGAAAAAGGAAGAGAUAUGUAGCAAGUGCUCUGAAAAAUGUCUUCCACCUACAACAGGAUCUGGAGGAUUGUGAAGUCCCCGUUGUGGCUAUCAUCACGACAGGUGGAGGACUGAAGUCGAUGACAGGACUAUAUGGCGGCCUCAUGGGACUCAAGAAAUUAAAUCUCCUUGACUGCAUAACAUACAUCAGCGGGCUGUCUGGCACCACAUGGACCAUGGCCAACUUAUACAGAGAUGCUUACUGGUCACAGAAGGAUCUAGACUCACAUAUUGGUGAAGCCCAGAAACAAGCAACCAAAUGCAAGAUGGGCUGUUUCUCUAUGGAUCGUAUGAAAUACUACAACAAGCAGCUUUGUCAGCGUAGAGAAGAGGGAUACAGGACAUCAUUUAUAGAUCUUUGGGGGCUCAUGAUUGAGUACUUGCUGAAUGAUGGGAAAGACCCCCACAAACUUUCAGAACAGCAAGAAGCACUGUGUGAUGGCCAGAACCCACUGCCCAUCUAUGUGUCAGUCAAUGUCAGGAACAGCUACAGCACCAAUGAUUUCAAAGAGUGGGUGGAAUUCACUCCCUACGAGGUGGGACUUCCCAAGUAUGGCGCAUUCGUCCGCACAGAGCAUUUCGGAAGUGAGUUCUUCAUGGGACGCUUGUUGAAAAAGCUCCCUGAGUCCCGGAUAUGCUACUUGCAAGGUAUGUGGAGCAGUAUAUUUUCUGUGAACCUAUUACAAAUAUGGGGAUUGUCCCACAGUUCGGAGGACUUCUGGAAGAGAUGGACACAAGACAGAAUAGAAGAAGUUGAUGAAGACCCAGUGUUGCCUACAAGACCCCACGAGCUGAGGACUCGCAUGUACACUCCUCCUGGCCCCCUGUCCAGCGCCCUUCGGGGAGCAUUGACCGACCGCUUCUCCGUGGCCCAGCACCACAACUUCCUGAAGGGCUACCAGCUGCAUAACAACUACAUGGAGAAUGAGCACUUCUGUCGAUGGAAAGACACUGUGUUAGACUCACGUCCCAACCAGCUGAUGGAAAACUCUGAUCUCCUGGGCAUGAUAGAUGCUGGAUUUUUCAUCAAUACCAGCAGUCCACCACUUUUAAGGCCACAGAGGGAAGUGGAUGUCAUCAUAUAUUUAAGUUAUACUACUGGAUCACAUACAUCGUCUCUAGAUAAGGCGUACAAAUACUACUCAGAGCAGAAAAUCCCAUUCCCCAAAAUUUCUUUGACUGAUGAAGAUAAGAAAAAUCUGAAAGAGUGCUACAUCUUCCAAGAUUCAGAUUUGCCAGGAUGUCCGAUUGUGAUUUUUCUUCCCCUUGUGAAUGAUACCUUCCGAGAGUACAAAGCACCUGGUGUCAAGCGCUGUUGCUCAGAGAUGGAGGAAGGACAACUUGAUUUGGACAGUCGUUUUUCCCCUUACUGCAUGUUCUCGGUCAGGUACACGGAUGAGAAUUACCGCAGGCUGCUGAACCUCAGUGAAUACAACAUCCUGAACAACUCACAGAUGAUUAAGCAGGCCUUGCAGAUAGCAAUGGAAAGGAGAAGACAAAAUACGUGCUAAUCACCCCUCCAACUGCCCCUAUCUUCUCAGAGGAGCUUUUCAUGCUCUAGGACACAGAUGGGACAGACAGUUUUGAACACUGGCCAUUCUGCACUACAGAAAGAAACUACCCCAGGUGGCUCCGUGGUUUGUUGGGGUUUUUUUUUCCAUUCCCAAGAAGUGGCCUCUAUAGGCAAAGACAUUGCCUGGGACAUUCUUACAUAUGCUUUGUUCGCUAAAUUAAGGUUGUCUGUAGAACACUCUUUAACCUAAAAUCCUUGUUAGAUUUUUUAAAUAGUGUUACUUUAAGACUAACUUAUAUUGUAUGAUAUAUAGGAAAAUAAUUUUUUAGCACCAUAGUGCCACAGUGGUACAACUCAAUCAACACACCUAGAAGCCGUAAGUAGAGAGUAUAAACUUCUGCUCCCUACAAUUCUUCUUUGUGGAACACAAGGUGCAUCCAACCCUGGAAAAGGAAGAAAACCUGAGACACAACUAGAAGAUGGCAUUGGAUCCCUGGGUCAACUCUGUUUCGCAAGUGUCCUAAAGAGCAGCUGCAGAGGCUGGAAGUGUAAGAGGGACAGUGUGUGCACACAGCCAGCCCCAUGAAUCAUGUCCACCUCCUGGCCUCUCUUAGGCUAUACAUAGAUGGGAAGGAGCUACUUAGGAGGAAGUGGUGUAAGUUUUUUUAAAGCGAAAGGUGUAAUUUGGGCACAUCAAAAUUUCCUGUGAAUUUAUAUCACAGGUUUGAUUGUUUUGUGUUGAGCCAGUAUAUAAAAGAGUCAACAGUUUAUUUUGCAGCUUUCAAAAUAAAACACCCUGGAUUUUUCUUCCCCAGUUGAGUUACUU